AUGCCCCGCUUCGCCUUCAACUUCGUUGCCCUUGUUCUUGCUGCAACGAUCGUGCCCUCUGCAUUGGCCGUUCCUGCAGGCAGCGCGUCGCCGGUUUCUACCACGAUCACAGGGAGCGCGUCGCCAACCACCAUCGUGACUGCCAGUGGGUCGAUCCUCACUACCAUCACCGUCGAGCCCUCUACCAUUUCCACCAUCUCCGUCGAGCCCUCCACCAUUACGUCGGUCUACAGCAGCGUUCCCCCUAGCGCGUCGCCUUCCGUCGUUACGACCACCGUUGUUGUUACCGAGUACGUGCCGGUGUGUGGAAGCACAACGGAGACCGCUAGCGCGACUGCGACUGGCACGGCGAGCGCGGUGACGUCCAUCACCAGUGCACCCGCGUCCUCUGUCUCCGGUGGCUUGCCGUCGCUUUCAAGCAUUCUUCCCGCGACCAGGAGCUUCAUCGGUCACGAAGCGCGAGGUGGCAUGCACUCGUAUGAGACGGAGCCUGGUGCAGAGGGGGUCGCGUUGAAACAUGGUCGGGCUGAGUGA